AUGAGCGUCGCGUAUCCCAAUCAAAAUAACGUCGGACCUAGUUCCGACUCAUUCUCGGCGAGCGCUGCUUUCUCGUUCGACCAACAUAACCCAACUCAGGUCUUUGGUGCCAUCAACUCAGAUCCUCAGUCGCAGAUGCAAGACCAGAUGCCAGGGCAAAUGCCCAGUCAGUCGCUAUCAGUACCCAUGAUUCAGGUUAGCCAAGCCGGUUUCACCAGCGACUAUGAUAUGGGGAAUGCUCCUCGUGACGAGGAUAUAGACAUUGACCUCGACCUCGACACGUAUGACGAGGAUGACGACAUGAAUUUGGAUGACCUCUCGGCGACACCCAUACCGACAGUUAUAGAUGAUCCUAUGGAAACAGCGGCUAAUAUCCCUGCUUCAAGCUUGAUCUUUGGCCAACCCGGCCUAUCUGUCCCGUCUGGACGAUAUAAUAUGGAGCAAGCGAAUGAUGAUGAAAUGGUGGAUGAUGCUCUCAGUCAAGUCAUUAAUGAGGUUAUGACAGAUGCAGACCCGCCGGAAGUCAUUGUUCAGUACGACUUCCAGGCUCUUCAACCCAUUCAGCCACUCCAGCAGUUCCAACAGCAACAACCGAUCCAGCAUUUACCAGUCGAGCAACAAACUACGGCUCAGCAACAGUCUGUUCAGCAGCAACAUAUUCAACAGGAAUCCACUCAGCAGGUCCCUGAACAGACUUCUGAACAGCCACAGAACCAAGCUUCCCAACCCUCGAAUCAGCCUACGACGGCCGAAUCAGGUAUUUCAAAUCCCGAAGUUCUAGCCGGUUCUCCUGACAAAACCACAUCGGCGCAAGAGCUCCCGGCAGCCACCGAGGAACCAAAUGUAGACGUCUCGAGUACCCCCUUCGGGUCCGAGGUCGUUAAACCUCAGUCUCCCCCUUCUAAUGCCCAAAAUGUUGAACGGCAAAAUCCAGAAGAACAGCUCUUAGAACCUGAAAUAGUCCCACCCACAGAAGACCCCGCAACCCCCCCUUCACUUCCCACCCCGCAUGCCGACGAGUUAAAAACUCCGCAGGCCUCUAAUCACAAGACCCCCAAACACCAAACCCCGUCAUCUUCAACAGAUCCGCUCCGAAUUAGUCAGGCUGAGACUAUCGCCCUGGAGAACCCCACACCGGACGUCAACCAACGGGAUUGGUAUGCUUUAGAAGGCCAAGGGGUAUCGGGAAGCCCCCCGGCCCCUACAUACCCCGCGCACCAAGAGAUACCCACCUCACCACUUCACGGACCUUCCGGAAGUGGAUCAUCUCGCCGCUCACUCCCGUCAGACCCAGAGGCCCUUUCCCCUCAUACCCCUCACUCCGAGCAAGACACGGAACGGGUGCCUCCUUCCCAGUCGUCUCAGCAUUUAGAAGAAGAAUCCUCCCAUGAUCAGGGACACGAGCAAACCCGGGAUGAGGGCCAUACUGAUGUGGCUCACGAUGACCCUCUACUCACCCACCCCGUUCUUGUCAUUUACCGAGACCUCGAGUUCUCGCUUUUCCCCAUUUCGGGAGAGAAGUCAAAUCUCCCAGAGACCUGCUUCCUCCCCGAUCGAUCACAUCUCGGUAGUCCGUUGAGUAAGCUUGUGGCGGCGUUGCGUGAUGUUCUCGGAGAAGAGUUCACUUCAUCGGAGGAACUCAUACUAAACUUCACAGCGCUUGGUGUAGAGUUCGAGGAGGAGAAUAAUCAGAUGAAUAAUUUCACCUUAUAUGACCUCCUCGGGCUCUUCUCCAAGUUGCUAGCCCAGGACGGCGUAGAGGAGGCUCGCCCCCUCCACAUUUCCUUGACUUCGAGAAAGAAGUAUAUCCCGAGGCUCGAGAUGAUUCAUAGCCACAUCGUUGAAGGGGGCGGCCUUGCUUCUUGGGGGCAUAUUCUUGCCUCCACGCAUGGCCAGCCCCCUGAAAGUGCCCAGGCAAAUGAGCCGGGCGACGCGCCUUUAGAAAAGGCUAAAACUGCAACUGAUGAACAUGCAGACGACGAGCUCGAACUUGAGGAGUUUGAGAAGGGCCUUGGUGCCGAGGAUGUGUAUUACGGUGGGGAAACCCACCAAACUGAUGUGCAGCCAGAGGUUACUACGGUCGCCACCGUCGAUGUGCCGCAGAGCCCAUCGCAGACAAUUAUCCAGGAGCGGAAGAUGUCGGCCACUCAGGAGACAUCCAACACGGAUGUCUCCAAUGUACCAGAGACCCAGCUCUCUCAACACCUUGAAGCCACGCCAAACGCCGAGGUUCGCUUAAACGUCGUAGAUCAUAGCCGUGAUAGCAGCUAUAUCAAAGACGACGAGGCAAGCUUCGUAACUGCUGAAGAAAAACAGCAAGAUACGUCCGUCCUUUAUUCGGCUUCUCGUAGCUAUGGGCUACCAGAUAGCCCGAGCUCCAAUGAAGAACCUGAGCUCAAAUCUGAGGAACAUCAUAAAGGUAUUGCAGACUAUACUCAUAACUACGAGGAAUUGGGAGUAGAAGAAAACCAAGUUGGAAAUCACGAUGCUUACGAUAUUCAUCUGCUCCCUUUUCUAGAUGACGGAUUACUCAAUUUUGACGAGCAAGACCAUGACCACCGAGAAGAAAAAGAAGAAGAUGAAGAAGAAGAUGCCCAAGAUGAGAAGUCAUCUAGCACCCUCCAUGAAGUUCCCGAGGGCGAGACCGAUAACCAAGCUAUCUUACAAGGCUCCAGCAAGGACGGGACCGAUAAUAUUAAUGAUACCAACUGGCAAGAAUGGUCUUACGCUGAGGCCGAUGAAAAUGAGCAUGGAGAAUAUCAAUAUGAAGAGGGACACGAAGGCUCUGCGUAUGUAGAAGCCGCAUAUGACCUUCCUGAAGAUCUUAGCGAAACUGCUGAGGCAGCGGGUGACACCUUCGAACUUGAUCCCAACGAAUUCGCCGAGUACCCAUUGCCAUUCAGUGAAGUUGACGAUGAGGAGGAGCCUGAGUACGACGACGACGCACCUCUCCUAGGCCUUGAUCACCAUGAAACAUUAUCUACUGCAACAUCUACGAAGAGAGCGAGAGAGGACGACGACGAAGAAAUAGAAGAUGAGCUUUCCGAAAAUGGCGAGGUCAGGGGUUCCCCACCUGCUUCAAAGAAGCAUAAAUCUCUAUAA